AUGGAGCCUUCCAAGCUACUAGGAUACCGUGACAGUCAUAUUUUGUUCCAAAAGCACCCUCAAUUAAAACGAGUACGAAUUACGGAUGAAGAGAGACAUCAUUUGAUCGAAACGGGUUUACUCAUUACACGCUUUAAAAACCCCGAGGUUGCAGUGCUGACUGCACGUUCUCUUUUCAAAUGCUUUGGCCAUAAAGUCGUAAAGAACGGCAAACGUAUCCAGGACGAUUAUUUUGAAAGGGAGCCUGAAAGACACCACGUCUAUACGAAUCCAGACGAGACUAGAGAAGAGGAAGAAAUUGAAGAUAAUUCACGUAAAUCCUUGAUUGGAAAGACGUCACGAUCUGAAGGAUAUGCUUCGGAUGUACCUCUUAAUAACGAAACUUGGAUGCAUCAUGCAGCUUUAGCAGCGAGAGGAUUUAAUGCUCAAUUACAUGAACGAAGAGCUGGAAAACCUACAUUUUACGAUAUCCAUUCCAAUAUAAAUCAGGUACCUGCCUCCUAUCAACCUAGCCUGUGUCAUUUUGAAUUUACAAAGGAGAGCAAAACUGGAAGUUCUGUGGAAUUUAUAAAAAAGUCAAAUGUACAUAAUACACCUCUCUAUCGUGGAUUAGGAAAAGAUUUGUUAGAAUAUGAUAUUGAGUCUGCUAUUCAAUCUUUAUCCACAGACAGUGAAAAGGAGCAAGCAAGACAUGUAUUGGCUUUGGAAGAAAACCAGAUCAGGGAUGAAGAAGAGUAUCCAUUGUCUUUAAUGGAAGGUCAAUUUCAAAGCGCUUUCCCUCUUCAUCAAGCUCGUUUCAAUUACCCUAUUCCCAAAAUCCCCGAGCCUACUAUUUUGGUAGAGACCGCACAAUCUUUAGCUGCUCAACAGUAUUAUUUGAGUUUGGUCUAUCAAUCUGUAAACCAAUAUGCAGAUCCUCAUAGACAACCUUCACCUAUUGCCAGACUUUCUCCCACAGGAUAUGUUCAACCAUCACCUAUCCCACCUCAGCACAUGAUGCAACAACCUCAACGCAUUCCCAUUGUGCCGCAACAAUUAGCAGAACCCGCUGUAUGUGGCACACUGCUCUCUGGAAAUCAGAUUUGUAAACGUCCAGUGAAUCGACCUGGCGAGAAAUGUCAGUUGCAUUUACCCGUCAAACCCAUGUCUGACUAUGCAAAAGCCCCACCUCCCGCCACAGUCUACUCUGAUAAUAAAUGUGCAGAUUGUCAUGAAUUGCGUGCCGCAGAAGGAUUAUUUACAUCAGGUGAAGAACAUAUUACUGACGAUUUUUCUGUGGUGAAAUGUUCUAAAUGUACACGAAAGUAUCACCCUGUAUGUGCCAAUUUGACUACGCCCAGACAAGUGGCUGCAGUGGAAUCAUACCCAUGGUCAUGUCCUGAAUGUAAGAUAUGUUGUGUCUGUAAGAGCGCAGGUGAUGAAUCGACAUUAAUGAUUUGUGACGACUGUGAUCGAGGAUGGCAUACAGGAUGUUGCAAUCCUCCCGUAGAAAAAGUACCGGAAGGAUCAUGGCUUUGUCCAUUAUGUGCUGAUUGUCAUGGAUGUGAUGAACACGGUAUGGCGGAAGAAUCGCAAUAUAAACAUGCUAUUGCGCCUAAGAGCGAUCGCUACAAAUAUCCAGUUUAUCUGGCCACGUAUUGUCAUUCAUGUUAUGACAACUUUGCUGAAGACAGAUUUUGUCCAGUGUGUCUCAAGACGUAUGGAGAGGAAGAAAAUGAUGAUGAGGACAAUGAGAUGGUUGCGUGUGAUACAUGUGAUCAUUGGAUUCAUACACGAUGUGAUGAAAUAUUAACACCUGCAAAAUACCAAGUGUUGUGUGAUGAUGAAGAUGCAAAGUAUUCUUGUCCUAUGUGUGAGGAGAGAUUAAAGCGUAUUGUGGACACAAGUACAGCCGAUUUAGCACUAAAGGGAUUAUCUGCACCCAGUGGAGUGUGUGUUGGACUAUUAGGCGGAAAGGUCAAGACAAGAGGUGUAGUGAAAUACAAGAAUAUUAAGAUUGGUGUGCCAGAAAUCAAUGGAACAGGUGUGGCAGAGAUGCCAGCUAAUUUCAAAUAA